GAGCUGAAAGAACUUUAGAAUUCUUUAUUUUGUCAUCUUUAUAAAGUCUUUGUUAAGAUUUGUCCGAGACCAAUUAGGCCCAUGGUACAUGGUGAGCUGUUUCUUCUGUUGCGAUAUUGAUCGAAAAUGUCAAUCUAUUUAAAAUUUCUGACGGUAUGGUUUGUGACGGGUCUUGUAAUUUCCACAAAUGGUGAAAUAUUUACGUCAAUGAUGAACGUAAAGCAAGCUAUUGAUACUGAAAGGAAACUAAUUUAUCAUCUAAAAGCAUACAUAGAACAAGAGACUGAGAGAUUGAGAGAUAUUCAAAGAUUUUACGCAAAAGUUUCCCAACUGCACAGCGCGGUCUACAGCAGACUAACCGGUGCGGCAGCUGCGAAUCCUUUGGUGGCAUUCACUCUGAUCAAGCGACUGCAUUCGGAAUGGCCCAAUGUGGUCUACAGCGAAGAAGCCCAGGAAAACACCCAAGCCCUCAGAUCUGGCUACAGGAAUGUGGAGGGGAGCUUGCCCAAGCAGGAGGACAUCCAGGGGGCUGCCCAGGGCCUCAUGAGGCUGCAGGAUGUGUACGCGCUGCACGUGGAGGGGCUGGUCCGAGGACACUUCCAGAGACUGACCAACCAAGGCAACACUGUGGACAUCUACCGCCCUCGCGUGUCCAUCCCUCUCUCGGGAGACGACUGCUUCCUAGUGGGCAAAGUUGCCUAUGACGUUGAGGACUACUACCACUCGGUGCAGUGGCUGGAGGAGUCGGUCCGACUGUUCAGGGGGUCAGAGUUGGCUUGGAGGCCUGAGGAUGAGGGCAGUCUGGAGGACGCCCUGGACCAUCUGGCUUUCUCGCAUUUCAAGACAGGAAACAUUUCUUAUGCAUUGAGUCUCUCGCAGGAGUUGCUACGUCACGAUCCCUUAAAUGAAAGAGUGCUGCUCAACGUAGAGAAGUACGAGAGGCUUCUCGUUGAGAAUCCAUACAAGGCCACUGCUGCCGGUGUUUUAAAGAGACCCUCCACCACUUACCUGAGGACCAGGAACACCUAUGAGAGGCUCUGCCAGACGCAAGGUUCUCAGCCAAAGCACUAUGAGGAUCCGGAGCUGUUCUGCGAUUACUUCACCAAUGGCAGCCCGGCGCUGCUCCUGCAACCGAUGAGGCGAGAGGUUGUGAGUUUUAAGCCCUAUCUGGUGCUCUACCACAACUUCAUCACAGAUGCCGAAGCAGAGAGCAUCAAAAAAGUGGCUCAGCCAGCUCUGAGAAGGUCUGUUGUGGCAUCUGGUGAGAAUCAGGCCACCGUUGACUAUCGCAUCAGUAAAAGUGCAUGGUUAAAGGACACGGCCCACCCCAUAGUUGGAAAACUAGAUGAGCGCAUUCACACGCUGACUGGGUUGAAUGUGCAGCAUCCAUAUGGGGAGUACCUUCAGGUGGUCAACUAUGGCAUCGGAGGCCACUAUGAACCCCAUUUUGACCAUGCAACAUCAAAGUCCAGUCCACUUUACAGACUCAAAACUGGGAACCGAGUAGCUACCUUCAUGAUAUACCUCAGCGCGGUGGAGGCAGGUGGAUCGACGGCCUUCAUCUACGCCAACUUCAGCAUUCCGAUUGUGCAGAAUGCCGCCCUCUUCUGGUGGAACCUUCACCGUAAUGGACAAGGAAACGGAGACACGCUGCAUGCUGGAUGCCCUGUCCUAGUUGGGGACAAGUGGGUGGCUAACAAGUGGAUCCACGAGUAUGGACAAGAGUUUCAGCGGCGCUGCAGUCCCAACCCUGACGAGUGAAAGAAAAGGAACUACGUCAUAUAGAGGGAGUGGAGAGCAGAGAGAGAGAGAGAGAGAGAGAGAGAGAGAGAAAGAAAGCAAGCAGGAGCUGAUCUGGGACCGCUUGGAGUACAAGAGCCAGCCUCCACAAUGGAGUAGGAGUAGUGCAUCAGGAGGGGAGAGAGGGAGAGGUAAUAAGACAGGAGAAGGCCAGAGGAGAUGGAAGUGAAGGGAGGAGGAGGAGGAGAAGAGGAGGGGAGGAGAGCUGGCUAUCUGCCCUUCUCAGCAUUUAGAAAAUUCACUCACCCUCAGGGAAGAGAGAGCGAGAGAGAGAGAGAGAGCAAGAGAGAGAGAGAGAGAGAGAGAGAGAGA